UUCAUGGGCCAAGGAAGAGUCGCCAGGAAGCGGAGAAGCGGAUUCCAAUUUGUGCGCCGAGUGAGCUCAUCGCGCAGAUAAGCGGCCAGACUCCGACGGGCGCUCGGAAUGAGCCACAAGCGACAAUGAGUUCACGUCGCGCGAGGCCACGAGAGCCGUGACGCUCCCUCGCGGGCCGCAUCAGCACCGCAGUGACGUGGGAGGGGAAUCAAUUGGAAGCGGCGCACAAUGCACCGACCCCACCUCCUCCACAAACGGAAUCCCAGGAUAUCCCACCCCCAGCCCUCCUCCCCGAGUUCCUUCUUUUUUCUUUUUUCUUUUUUCUUUUUUCCCCAACCUUCUGUCUCUCUCUCCAGUGUCGGCCCUCGCUCGCUUCUCUUCCUCCGUUCGGCUGUGGAGCGCCGCCACUCGCUCGUGACGAUUUGUCCGUCGUCGGGCAAAAUGGAGGAGGAGGUCUUUGGCUUCACGAGGCGAGCUUCCGGCUCGCUCGUGUGACGAGAGCCGACACCGAACCGCCCCGCUUUGUGGAUUUCGAUUGGUGUUUUGGGUGCGGGGAGCCGCAGCCAUGAGCGCGGCGGACGGGCUGGAUGAGGCUGCGAAGGACGCUCCAGACGUAGCGGCGUUUUUCAAAUCCGAUUUCUCACUUCCAAAAUGUGAAUCUAAACUGGAUGGACCUGGUCAGACCUCAGGCUUCCAUCGCAAUGAAGACAUGAAGGCCAUUGAUGUGCUUCCCAUCCUCAAGGAGAAGGUGGCCUUUCUCUCAGGAGGCAGAGACCGACGAGGAGGUCCUGUCCUCACUUUCCCAGCGCGGAGCAACCACGAUAGAAUACGAGCGGAAGACCUGCGCAGGCUCGUAGCCUACCUGGCCACGAUCCCCAGUGAGGAGGUCGUCAGACAUGGCUUCACAGUCAUCGUGGACAUGCGCGGCUCCAAAUGGGACAGCAUCAAACCUCUGCUGAAGAUCCUUCAGGAGUCUUUCCCUUCCUGCAUCCACGUCGCCCUCAUCAUCAAGCCGGAUAACUUCUGGCAGAAGCAGAGGACCAACUUUGGCAGCUCCAAGUUUGAAUUUGAGACAGUAAUGGUCUCCUUAGAGGGGUUAUCCAAAAUCGUGGACCCGUCGCAGCUGACAGCUGACUUCGAUGGCAGCUUAGAGUACGACCAUGAUGAUUGGAUUGAGGUGCGGCUCUCAUUUGAGACCUUUGCCAGCGACGCAGCACGAGCUUUGGCGCGCCUCGAGGAGCUGCAAGAGACCCUGUCCCAGCGAGAUCUCCCGCGGGACCUGGAAGGGGCUCGGCGGCUCAUGGAGGAACAUGCGGCGCUGAAGAAAAGGGCCACCAAAGCCUCCGUGGAGGAGUUGGACACGCAGGGACGCAGGCUGCUGCAGAGGCUGCAGUCCCAAACGGCAGGAAGCGGGAGUGCCGUCGAAAGCGUGUACGGGAACCGGAUUGGCGGUGCCGCUGCAGAGUCCAAUGAUCACCACCAUGGCUUCUACACACAUGCGGAUGCUCACAACCUCGGCGCCAAAGUGACCAGUUUGUUGGAUAAGCUUCACGGAACACGCCAGAACCUGCAGCAGUUGUGGCACAUGAGGAAGCUGAAACUGGACCAGUGUUUCCAGCUGCGCCUUUUUGAACAGGAUGCAGAAAAGAUGUUCGACUGGAUCAUGCACAACAAGGGGCUUUUCCUCACCAGCUACACAGAAAUCGGGGGAAACCACCAGCAUGCUGUCGAACUGCAGACCCAGCACAACCACUUUGCAAUGAACUGCAUGAAUGUGUACGUGAACAUCAAUCGGAUUAUGUCAGUCGGGAACCGGCUCCUGGAAUCGGGCCACUACGCCUCCCAGCAGAUCCAGCAGAUCUCAGGCCAGUUGGAGCAAGAGUGGAAGGCCUUCGCUGCAGCACUGGACGAACGCAGCACACUCCUCGAGAUGUCGGCCAGCUUCCACCAGAAAGCCGACCAUUACAUGAGUAAAGUGGAGCCAUGGUGCAAAGCUUGUGGUGAAGGAGAGUUGCCCUCAGAACUCCAAGACCUGGAGGACACAAUCCAUCGGCACCAGGGCCUUUAUGAGCACAUUACCACCGCAUACUCUGAGGUGAGCCAAGACGGGAAGUCUCUCUUGGACAAGCUACAGCGACCUUUGACCCCAGGGAGCGCAGAUUCCUUGAUGGCAUCGGCGAACUACUCCAAGGCGGUCCACCACGUCCUGGACAUCAUCCACGAGGUGCUUCAUCAUCAGAGGCAGCUGGAGAACAUCUGGCAGCAUCGCAAAGUUCGCCUUCACCAACGUCUGCAGCUGUGCGUUUUCCAGCAGGACGUGCAGCAAGUACUAGACUGGAUAGAAAACCACGGUGAGGCUUUCCUCAGUAAGCACACUGGCGUGGGGAAGUCUUUGCACAGAGCACGAGCACUGCAGAAGAGACAUGAGGACUUUGAAGAGGUUGCACAGAACACGUACACAAAUGCUGACAAGCUGCUGGAGGCAGCAGAGCAGUUGGCUCAGACGGGAGAAUGUGACCCAGAGGAAAUUUACCAGGCUGCCCACCAGCUUGAAGAUCGCAUCCAGGACUUCGUGCGACGCGUGGAACAGCGCAAGGUUCUGCUGGAUAUGUCGGUUUCCUUCCACACACACGUCAAAGAGCUGUGGACGUGGUUGGAGGAGCUUCAGAAGGAACUGUUGGACGAUGUCUACGCCGAGUCUGUGGAGGCGGUGCAGGAUUUGAUCAAACGUUUUGGUCAGCAGCAGCAGACCACCUUGCAAGCGACUGUCAAUGUCAUCAAGGAAGGUGAAGACCUCAUUCAACAGCUCAGAGACUCUGCCAUCUCAAGCAACAAGACCCCGCACAACAGCUCCAUGGCGCACAUCGAGAGCGUGCUACAGCAGCUGGAUGAGGCCCAGGGCCAGAUGGAGGAGCUUUUCCAGGAGAGGAAGAUCAAACUGGAACUCUUUCUCCAGCUCCGCAUCUUUGAGAGGGACGCCAUAGACAUCAUCUCAGACCUGGAGUCAUGGAACGAGGAACUGACCCAGCAGAUGAGCGACUUUGACACGGAGGACCUGACGCUGGCUGAGCAGAGGCUUCAGCAUCACGCAGACAAAGCCCUCACCAUGAACAACCUCACCUUUGACGUCAUCCAUCAAGGCCAGGAGCUGCUCCAGUGCGUCACAGAGGUUCAGGCGUCAGGUGUGGAGCUUUUAUGCGACCGAGACGUAGACAUGGCCACACGUGUUCAGGACCUGCUGGAGUUUCUCCACGAGAAGCAGCAGGAGCUGGACCUGGCGGCCGAGCAGCACCGGCGGCAUUUGGAGCAGUGUGUCCAGCUGAGACACCUUCAGGCGGAGGUCAAACAGGUGCUGGGUUGGAUCCGUAACGGCGAGUCCAUGUUGAACGCCGGGCUGAUCACGGCCAGCUCGUUACAGGAGGCUGAGCAGUUGCAGAAGGAACACGAACAAUUUCAACAUGCAAUUGAGAAAACCCAUCAGAGUGCACUUCAGGUGCAGCAGAAGGCCGAGGGUCUACUUCAGGCCAACCACUACGACAUGGACAUGAUCCGAGACUGCGCAGAGAAGGUGGCGGACCACUGGCAGCAGCUGAUGCUGAAGAUGGAGGACAGACUCAAGCUGGUUAAUGCGUCGGUGGCCUUCUAUAAGACCUCUGAACAGGUGUGCAGCGUGUUGGAGAGCCUGGAGCAGGAGUACAAGAGAGAAGAGGACUGGUGUGGCGGUGCUGAUAAACUGGGUCCCAACAGCGAGUCAGAUCACGUCACCCCCAUGGUCAGCAAACAUCUGGAGCAGAAAGAGGCUUUCCUCAAGGCCUGCACGCUGGCCAGACGCAAUGCUGAUGUCUUCCUCAAGUACCUGCACAGGAACAGCGUGAACAUGCCUGGAAUGUUGUCCCACGUCAAAGCUCCGGAGACUCAGGUUAAAAACAUCUUGAAUGAGUUGUUGCAGAGAGAGAACAGGGUUCUCCACUUCUGGACCAUGAGGAAGCGGCGUCUGGAUCAGUGCCAGCAAUACGUGGUGUUUGAACGCAGCGCCAAGCAGGCCCUGGAGUGGAUCCACGACACUGGGGACUUUUACCUGUCCACGCACACGUCCACCGGCUCCAGCAUUCACCACACACAGGAGCUUUUGAAAGAGCACGAAGACUUCCAGAUCACAGCGAAGCAAACCAAAGAGCGUGUAAAGCUGUUGAUCCAGCUGGCCGAUGGUUUUUGUGACAAGGGCCACGCCCAUGCCCUGGAGAUAAAGAAAUGGGUGUCCUCAGUGGACAAGCGCUACAGGGACUUUUCUCUCCGUAUGGACAAAUACAGGACCUGCCUGGAAUCGGCGCUCGGCAUUUCCUCCGACUCCAACAAGGCAAGUAAAGAGCUUCAACUGGACAUCAUUCCAGCUAGCGCUCCGGGUUCAGAGGUCAAGUUGAGAGAUGCUGCUCAUGAACUCAAUGAGGAAAAGAGGAAGUCCGCGAGGAGGAAAGAAUUUAUAAUGGCCGAGCUGAUCCAGACAGAGAAAGCCUACGUCCGAGACCUGCGUGAGUGCAUGGAUACUUAUCUAUGGGAGAUGACCAGCGGUGUGGAGGAGAUUCCUCCAGGGAUCGUCAACAAGGAGCACAUCAUCUUUGGGAACAUGCAAGACCUCUACGAGUUUCAUCACAACAUUUUCUUGAAGGAGUUGGAGAAAUAUGAGCAGCUUCCAGAGGAUGUGGGCCAUUGUUUUGUUACCUGGGCCGACAAGUUUCAGAUGUACGUGAACUACUGUAAGAACAAGCCAGACUCCACGCAGCUCAUCUUGGAGCAUGCUGGCCCAUAUUUCGACGAAAUCCAGCAAAGGCAUCGUCUUGCCAAUUCGAUCUCAUCUUACUUGAUCAAACCAGUCCAAAGAAUUACAAAGUACCAACUGCUUCUUAAGGAGCUAUUGACAUGCUGUGAGGAAGGAAAAGGAGAGAUCAAGGACGGUCUUGAGGUGAUGUUAAGUGUCCCCAAAAGAGCCAAUGAUGCCAUGCACCUCUCGAUGCUGGACGGCUUCGAUGGCAACAUUGACUCCCAAGGUGAGCUGAUUCUUCAGGAGUCCUUCCAAGUUUGGGAUCCCAAAACGUUGAUCCGGAAGGGCCGUGACCGCCACCUUUUCCUCUUUGAGAUGUCGCUGGUUUUCAGUAAAGAAGUGAAAGACUCCAACGGACGUAGCAAAUACCUUUACAAGAGCAAGAUGUUUACGUCGGAGCUCGGAGUGACAGAGCACGUGGAGGGGGAUCCUUGUAAGUUCGCCCUGUGGGUGGGCAGAACCCCGACCUCGGACAACAAGAUCGUGCUCAAGGCUUCAAGCAUCGAAAACAAGCAGGACUGGAUCAAACACAUUCGCGAGGUCAUUCAGGAGCGAACGGUCCACCUGCGCGGCGCUCUGAAGGAGCCCAUUCACAUCCCCAAAGCCACCGCCGCCAAGCAGAAAGGCAGACGAGAUGGAGAAGAGCUCGACAGUCAAGGAGACGCGAGCAGUCAACCUGACACCAUCUCCAUCGCCUCGAGGACAUCCCAGAACACACUGGACAGUGAUAAGCUGUCGGGUGGUUGCGAGCUGACGGUGGUCAUCCACGACUUCGUCGGCAGCAACGGCGGCGGGGAGCUGACGGUGCGACGAGGUCAAACGGUCGAGGUUCUGGAGCGACUCCACGAUAAGCCGGACUGGUGCCUGGUCCGGACCACGGACCGCAGUCCGGCCCAGGAGGGCAUGGUUCCCUGCUCCAUGCUGUGUAUCGCACACUCCAGGUCGUCCAUGGAGAUGGAAGGGCUCUUCAACCACAAAGAUACCUUGUCUGUAUCCAGUAACGACAGCCUGCAGCCGGGCUCCAGCCAAACCUUGGGGCCCCACAGCUCGCCGGGCCCCAAGCGGCCAGGCAACACAUUAAGGAAGUGGCUGACCAGCCCCGUUCGGCGACUCAGCUCCGGCAAGGCAGACGGUCACGUCAAAAAGUUGGCCCACAAGCACAAAAAGAACCGCGAAGGCCCGCGGAAGAACCUGGACGUGAUGCAAGGCCCCCAGAAGGACUCGGACGACAGUGCGGCCACGCCGCAGGAUGAGACGCUGGAGGAGCGCAUGCGUAACGAAGGACUGAGCAGCGGUACGCUCUCCAAGUCGUCUUCGUCGGGCAUGCAGAGCUGCGGAGAGGAGGAAGGUGAGGAAGGGGCCGACGCUGUCCCUCUUCCUCCCCCGAUGGCCAUCCAGCAACACAGUCUGCUGCAGCCUGACAGCCAGGACGACAAGUCGGCGUCCCGACUGUCCGCUCGGCCCAGCAGCUCCGAGACUCCCAGCGCCGCCGAACUGGUCAGUGCCAUCGAGGAGCUGGUCAAAAGCAAGAUGUCACUGGAGGAUCGUCCCAGCUCCCUGUCAGUGGAGCAAGGUGACAGCAGCUCUCCUUCCCUCAACCCUUCCGACAAUUCCCUCCUCUCGUCCUCGUCGCCCAUGGAGGAGCUGGAGGAGCGCAAGUCCGGCUUCCUCAAGAGAAGACAUGCAUUGUAUUUGUAUUCGGUAUUGUUUUAUAGUUACGUCCUACUGGAGUUGGUGGAGACCGAACGAGAUUAUGUCAGAGACUUGGGGUCAGUUGUGGAGGGUUACAUGAGCAGAAUGAAGGAGGAAGGUGUUCCAGAUGACAUGAGAGGAAAAGACAAGAUUGUCUUUGGAAACAUCCAUCAGAUCUAUGACUGGCACAAAGACGUUUUCUUGGGAGAGAUUGAAAAGUGUCUGGAGGAUCCUGACAGACUUGCUUCGUUAUUUGUCAAGCAGGAGCGCAGGUUUCACAUGUACAUCGUGUACUGCCAAAACAAGCCCAAAUCGGAGCACAUUGUGUCAGAGUACAUUGACACUUACUUUGAAACAGUAGUUUUCAUCAUUUUGCUCUUGAACCAGGAGCUCAAGCAGCGAUUAGGCCACAGGUUGCAGAUCACCGAUCUGCUCAUCAAACCUGUCCAGCGUAUAACGAAGUACCAGCUAUUGCUGAAGGAUCUUCUCAAAGUCUUUAAGAAGGCUGGAGUGGAUUCCUCAGAGCUGGAGAAAGCGGUGGAGGUGAUGUGCAUUGUCCCAAAGCGCUGCAACGACAUGAUGAAUGUUGGCCGCCUUCAAGGCUUCGAUGGUAAAAUUGUAGCACAGGGCAGAUUGCUCCUGCAAGACACUUUCUUGGUUUCAGACCAGGAUGGUGGACUUUUGUCAAGAAUGAAAGAAAGGAGAGUCUUCCUUUUUGAGCAGAUCGUUAUAUUCAGUGAACCCUUGGACAAGAAAAAGGGCUUCUCUACUCCUGGCUACCUCUUCAAGAACAGCAUUAAGGUGAGCUGGCUGGGUCUGGAAGAAAAUGCAGAGGACCCCAGCAAAUUCACACUAACCUCCAGAUCAUCGGGCGGCAAUGUGGAGAGGUACACCCUCCAUUCCACAAGCCCUGGAGUCGGUCAAAUCUGGCUCCACCAGGUCAGCCAGAUUCUGGAAAACCAGCGCAAUUUCCUCAAUGCUCUGACGUCCCCCAUAGAGUACCAGAGGAACCACGUGGGUGGCAGUGGGCCUGGGAACCCACCCAAUAGUAGCAGUACCGGAGGCCUUCCUGGAGGCAGCACCUCCAGCCUAGGAGGCGGCGGCGGAGGCGGCGGCUCCGGAGGAUCAGGGGGCAACUCCUCUUCUCUUUGUGGGCCGCGCUCCAGACCCUCAAGAAUUCCCCAGCCUUCCUCACGCCUACCCCAGCCCGUCCACCACCACCACCCAGGCCCCGAAGGGCCUGACAGAUCAGCAGGUACGUGGUCACCCUGCCAGCCCCGGUCCCACCCAUCUAGCCUGUAUUCAGACACCACCUCAAACGGCAAGCUGUUCAAUUCUGAGGUCCACAAGAUGGAGGUGCUGGAUUGUAGCGAUGGAGGCGACUGUAACAACAGCAGCAGACCGUCAGGCAGCUCGGAAAGAGAUGUCAGGCAGGAAACCCAAAAACCUCAACCGGUGGCUAUCCCGCAAAUGGCUGUCGCUCCUCUGCAUUUGGCCCUGAAGAAUCCUCGAGUCAGGACAGUCUCACCUCUGGUUUCACCUCAGUCUCCUGGAGGCGUGAAGGAAGCUUUUGUCCCCACCGGCCAGUCCCACAAAGGCAACCCUUUCUGGGCUACGGUCCCGUCGGUGCCUCCUUCUCCCACUAGCCGCCCGAGUUCCUGCGUCAGUGACGGUAUUGGUGGAGGGGAAUCGUUCGGCAGGGGAAGCCACGGGAUUCCCGCUCAUCGCCGCCACUCCACCCACAGUAAGGAUUUAGACCGCGUGAGCACGUGCUCCUCCGCCAGCGAGCAGUCCGUACACUCCGCCCACAGCAACGGGAGUGAAAGCAGUAGCAGCAGCAGCAGCGUGUCCACGAUGUUAGUGACCCAAGACUACGUGGCAGUGAAGGAGGAUGAGAUCAGCGUGGCACAGGGUGAGGUGGUCCAAAUACUAGCCAGCAACCAGCAAAAUAUGUUCCUGGUGUACCGGGCCGCCAAUGAGCAUUGCCCUGCAGCUGAGGGAUGGAUCCCUGGCUUUGUAUUAGGACACACUUCAUCCUCCACUACACCCGACUUCCCAGAGGGAACCGUCAAAAAAUCCCUAUCAUGGCAUACUGCACUUCGUAUCCGCCGCAAGUCAGAGAAAAGAGACAAAUUGGAGAACGGCUACCGCAAAUCUCAGGACAACCUGGCCAACAAAGUCUCUGGCAAGCUUCUGAAUCCCAACUUCAUCAGUGAUGCUCCUCCAGACUUCCUCAUCCCGCUUGGCGAUGUCGCGUGCGAGAGUGGCGACAGCGUUACUCUCAGGUGCAAAGUGAGCGGGCGACCGCGAGCCGCUGUCACCUGGCAAGGUCCCGACGACGACACUCUCAGCAACAACGGACAAUACAACAUCACCUACAGCGAGACAGGCGAGGCCACCCUGUGUAUCCUCGGGGCGACGAUGGACGACGACGGCAAGUACACGUGCGUCGCUACGAAUGUGGCCGGUUGCGUCGCCUCCUCGGCCAGCCUCAGAGUCUCGGGAAGCCCGGAUGAUAGCAACAAUGCAAUUUGGAAACGUGGUUUUGAGUCCCACUACACUGAUAUUUCCGAACUUGGAAGAGGCCGCUUCUCGGUGACCAAGCGGUGCGACCAGAGAGGCAGCAAAUGGACCGUGGCGGCCAAACAUGUCAACAAGAAGCUGCUGCGUCGGGAACAGGUGCUGCAGGAGGUCAAACUCCUCCAGACCGUGGAUCAUCCCAACCUGGUCCGCUUCCUGGACACGUACGAGACGGCCAGCAGCUACGUUCUUAUUUUAGAGAUGGCAGACCAAGGGCGUUUCCUGGACUACAUCGUGAGCUGGGGCAACCUGACGGAGGAGAAAGUGGCCCUGUACCUCAGAGAUAUUCUCGAAGCGCUCCAGUACCUGCACGGCUGGAGGAUCGUGCACCUUGACCUCAAACCUGAGAACAUCUUGGUAGAGCAGGUGUCCUCCCAGCCCGUGGUCAAGCUGACGGACUUUGGUGAUGCCGUUCUGCUCAACCCCCCGUCCCCCUACAUCCACCCUCUUCUGGGCAGCCCGGAGUUCUCGGCCCCCGAGCUCGUCCUGGGUCGGCCCGCCUCGCUGAUGUCCGACAUGUGGAGCUUAGGCGUGCUGACCUACGUGGUGCUCAGCGGCGCGUCGCCUUUCCUGGACGAGAGCCUGGAGGAGACGUGUCUGAACAUCUGCCGCCUGGACUUCAGCUUCCCCGAGGACUACUUCGAAGGCGUGAGCGCGGCCGCCCGCGACUUCGUGCGCCUGCUGCUGCGGGGCGAGCCCGAGCGGCGGCCCUCGGCGACGGCCUGCCUGCGCGAGCCCUGGCUCCGCCUUCCGGGCGUGGCCGACGGCGACGCCGGAUACGCCGCCUCGAAUCGCGCGCGGCUUCCGCCGUGCCAGAACCGCAGUCCGCACCUGGACACGUCCCGGCUCAUUUCGUUCAUCGAGAGGCGCAAGCACCAGAACGACGUGCGGCCCGUCGGGACGCUGAAGGCGUUCCUUCACAGCCGCCUGCUCAACCACAUGUGAGGGGAAGGACGAGGUUUUGCUGUUCUCAACUGACUUUUCCACACCGAUGCCAUAUUCCCUCACCGAUCCACGAGUGUCCUCCUCCUCCUCCUGCUGCUGCUGCUGCUCGCUGCUGACUGACUGAAUGACGUCUGCCGACGAACCCUUCGACUCCGCCUCUCCCCUCCUGACCUCGGCGUACGCCGUUUAUGCCUGCACAACAAACUGACUUCCAAGCCUGACUUAGCAGAGAGACAAGUGAGCCGUAUUGUGUUACAAAGAGAAAACGGAGUACUGUGUAGUCAGUGUGUCUCAGGCUGCUUUUAGUUGACCACAGAAGACGCCUUUUUCUUUGUAAAAAGAGAUUACUUUUUUCUAAGUGAAACUGUACAGUUAGGCAACAAAUCUGCUCGGAACUUUUGAGGGAAACAAAAGUUCUUUAGUGAGUUGAAGGAGAAGACACAAAAAGAUGUGAAAGUCCAUCAGUUGAGGUCGUCUUGUUGUCACAGCAACAUGAAGACCUGAGCGCGUUUUCCAUUGUGGCGUCUUUGAGUGCAAUAGCGCGUGCUGUCCUCUUGCUGAAGUCUUCUCAGCACAAGCUAAAUGAAUUGAACUUUCAAGGCAAAGCUUCUUAGAUCUCCGCCUUAUUUGUAAAUAAAUUGGUCUCGCUUUUUCAUUUGGUCUCUUUUUUUCUCUGUUGCCACUGAACAAAGUCUUAUUUCAUUUGCAGCACAUGAACACAUUUGGAAAUGCACUCGUUUUACGUCGGUUUUCAUGUGCCAUGUUGCAGCUUGAACAUUUCUGCAACUAUUUAUGAAGAUUUGUGUUGUAGCGGUAGUCUUUAAAAUAGAUAACGGCAUGUACGUAACUGGUACUGCAAGAGACGUCUGUAUUGUGUUAACUCUUUUUGUAUUAAGUUCAUGACUAAUAUCUGCUAAACCCCAGCGAAAUGAGGAGCUUUGGCAACAAUGUAAAACGUGCAUCUAUUUAAAAAAUAAAAAUUCAAAAACAGGCACUUAUGCUUUUUUGUUAUUGUUUCUUUCCAUAAUAAUACCAAAGUUUUCUAUUCGUUUUCCUGUACUAUGAUUUGUCGUGUUAACUUAUAGAGAGCACAGUGAACCCAGAUAUUUAAGAGUUUACAUGAAUGACGUUUUAUUUAUUGUUUCGUGAGAAUGUUUGGUGAUUUAAUGGCUUAGUCACGGCUGGACUUCACUUUGUGUUUGCAUCCUUAAGCAUCGGCUUAGCAUCGGGUGCCUAAUCCAUUUAGGAGACGACAUUUCUUUUUGUUUCAUAUUAGCAGUCGAGAAUGCUUGCUCAAAUUUGGUUGGAUCAAACGGAAACAAAACAAAACAAAAACCCUUUCUAAUUUCAUUGGAAGCAUUGUGUCUGAUGUUGAGUUGUGCAAAGGUUUUGGUGUCAUUUUUAUUCGUCUUGGUGCGUCUCUAAAAGAAAUCUUCAUCUAGUUCUGUAAAAGCUUCUAUCGAGCAAAACAUGUUGUAAGUAUUGAAAUGCCUUUGUGAAGCGCUCAUGCCCCUCUUGCUUGUCCAUGUAAAGAUGUACAGAGCGAGGCGGAGGGCAUUUUGCCUCCAGCCAGGACGUAAACCUCAAAGAGUGUGACUGUUGCUUCAUCUUUGAAAUAGGAAAACACUGACUGCGGCAAUGUCAAUUUGAAUGUUGUAUGAUGACUUCAUUUUUACUUUUGCAUGUAUAUUCCUCUGUACAGAAGACUGUGUUUACAUGUUUCAUGUAAGUGUAAAUAUUUUAGUUUGUGGUGUUAUUUUGCCAUUAAACGUUCAAAGAGCAA